AUGCAUAAUCAGGGAGCCGGUAGAGAUGACAACUCCAUCAUGAACAUGCCUGCGACCCUAAGGGCACCCUCGCGCAUGCGUCUUAACGCCGACAACCGCGAUACUCGUGAUCGAGUGCAUCGAAAAGGCAAGGAGAAGCAAAAGGCCGAAGAAAUAAGACAACGGCACGGAAUGUUCGCAAAUUUCGCCUCAUACACUGGCCGCAACAGGAACAAGUCCGGCUGUAAGCCCGGCACCGAACUCCACAAUCGUAAGGGACAUGCAGUAAAGAUGGUGAAUGUCGCAACCGUGACAUCCAAAAAGUUUAUUGCCGCAGGAGGCGAUCAAAAUGUCGCUUCGAAUUCACAAAGGUUAACUCAUGAGUCGGAGUCGAGUGAAUCGAGUGGGCCUUCCCCGUCACCUUCGGCGCAUGCGCCUUCUCCCCAUGCGGUAGAAGGUGGCGGAGGUGAAGAGAGCCCGUCAAGCGACCAUGGGUUUAUUGAUACAUUGCGAUAUUGUUUGUGUAUUCCGUCCUGCAAAUAA